AUGCUUUCUGCUCUUCGAGGGACGUCCACCGAAAUUUUGCAGAGAUAUGCCCAGUCUCCUCCUACUGUCUCUCUCAACCUUGCCUCUCUAUUAUCUUUCGGUCGACCGGCAACAUCAAGUUCAGUCCUUUCCUCUGUAGCUAUUGCACUGGAAGAGAUUCCUCGACGACUGGCAAUGCGGGUUCACUCACUUCAAUCACUACCAUUCAUUGUUGGGACCAAUCCAUACAUUGCCAACACACUCAAUGCCUAUCGCGACAGCUUUCAGUUACUUGCGACUUAUCCUCCAGUGAAAACGCUUGAGGACAACAAACGCUUCACGCUUCAGCUAGAAGCGUUAGUGCAAAGGCAUGCCAACGAUAUUCCCACGAUGGCGAAAGGUUUUCUGGAGAGUGCAAAGUAUAUGUCGCCAACACAAAUCAGCAACUUUCUUGACGGCGCAAUCCAGAAUCGAAUAUCGGUGAGACUGAUAGCGGAGCAGCACAUCGCUGUUUCACGAGCAUUAGAAGAAGCAUCAACAGGCGAAAUCGGCGUUGUCGACACUAAUCUGAGAGUCGAGCGAAUGAUUCGUAUGUGCGAGUCUUAUGUUGCCGAGUUGUGCUCUGCCACCCUGGGCGCAAGUCCGUCGGUUGUAAUUGAUGGAGAGGUCGACGCAACGUUUGCAUAUGUUCCCGUCCACCUCGAAUACAUGCUGACGGAAAUAUUAAAGAACUCGUUCCGAGCGACGGUAGAGCACCAUAAAAAGGCACUGCCGCCUGUGCGGAUAACGUUGGCGCCCGACAUGGCGCGCAUUUUCUCGUAUGCAUUCACCACCGCGAAGAGCAAUGACGACGAAGAUGCUGGUGGCGGACCAUAUGCAGCCCAGCAUGUUGGAGGACUCGCUAAUAUUGGCGGAGACGAUCCACAUCUCUUCAGCGAAAUAACAUCCAAAGGACUGCAAACUGGGCUCGGCUCUAUCGCAGGGUUGGGUUACGGUCUUCCUAUGAGUAAACUAUACGCCAAGUAUUUUGGCGGCUCUCUGGAGCUCGUGUCGUUGGAGGGGUGGGGCAGCGAUGUGUUUCUCAAAUUACGAUGUCUCUCAGACGAAGCCGGAAGCUCUGUUAUCUGA